CCUCAGAGCGUCAGCAGGCUCGUCCAUGCCGCGUGUUGUCUCAAUACUGUGAUGCACGUCUUUACUUUGUGGGAAUAGAGGCUGCACUGUAUCUGCCUUAGCACGAAUGGGCCAAAUUCCCUGUACGACCCAGCAGCAAGCCACAUGUGGAGACCCCUACAUCGUCGAGUCUCGUUAUGGAACAGUCAGGCACAUAUCGAACAUGGUCGCAGCACAAGCACCAAAGACACUGCCAGGCGAACAUUCCCAUCUGCCCCAAACAAUACCACCUUUCUGGUCGCACAGUCGCUGCAAUCUGGGAGCUGCAGUGGUGCCCCUGGAUGGCUUCGUACGACGCCACAGUGCACGAGUGAGAGCAGUGGCUUGCCGACCUCGUCUAGAUUUCCGUGCAGGAAGAUCUCUCGCUUGGCCCUCGAUUGCUCGCAGCUCACUUCUUUUGAGUCAGUGGGUGUACAUUAUUGUUUCCAUUGUCCAUCAAUCUCCGUGUUGACUGUGGUUUCCAAGUAGGAGGCUGCUUGUGGCACUAGCACACGCUCUCCAUCAAAAUUUCUUCUGUCUCAUCGCCUCAUUACUGGUCUAGCUCCUCGGAGAAAAAGACGGUCUGGGGAUCUUUCCUUGACCUAGGCACAAGUGCAUUGAUGAGAUGGACUAGGUACGUUCGGGCUCGAGCUGCGCUGGGUAGCACCCAAGAAACGAGACGUUGCAACAAAACAACGAAAGAAGAAAAAGAAAUGUGCACUUCUUCAGGGCAUGAAUGUCGGAGCCUGGGGAAGAAAAAAAGCUGCAAGGAAAAAGUUGAAGGAUCACCCA